AUGGGCACGCUUCAACUGCCCUGCAUCCAAAUAGCCAUAGCCUUGCUCUUACUUGCUCAAGUCAAGAGCACCACAGAGAAGCUGUCUGCCCAUCCAAACAAUACGAACAACAGCUGUAUUGCCGAUGAGAGGUCUUCCCUUAUCACCUUCAGGGCAGGUCUCUCGGACCGUGAAAACCGGUUUUCAUCAUGGAAGGGUGAUGACUGCUGCCGAUGGAAGGGCGUCAAUUGCAGCAACAAGACUGGCCAUGUGUUUGGGCUCGACCUCCGAGGCCCUUACUGCCACAACAGCUAUGUGGGGACGCUGGUGCUAGGAGGCAACAUAAGCUCAUUACUUGGUUUACAGCAUCUACAGUACCUCGACCUCAGCUGCAACAGGUUUGAGGAGUUGCAGAUACCAGAGUUCUUAGGUUCUCUUCACAAUUUGAGGUAUAUAGACCUAUCCAUGUCAAACUUUGUUGGACGGAUACCUCCACAGCUUGGGAAUCUCUCCAACCUGCGUUACUUGAGUCUUGAUUCCAGCUAUGGCGACACAUUCUCCAGGGAUCUCACCUGGUUGUCACGGUUAGCUUCGCUUGAGCACCUAGACAUGGCAUUCGUGAACCUGAGUAUAGUUACUAAUUGGCUUCCCGUGGUAAACAUGCUUUCAUCCCUGAAAGUUCUCCGUCUUCCCAUUUGCCAGCUUAGAAAUAGCGCUGAUUCUCUUCAGUUUUCAAAUUUGACAUCUCUUGAAACACUUGACUUUUCGGGCAACCACAUCCGUAAACGUGGCUCACCCAACUGGUUUUGGGAUGUUACUAGCCUGAAGUAUCUGGAUGUCUCAUGGAAUGGUUUCUAUGGCCCGUUCCCUGAUGAGAUCGGAGAGCUCACAAAGCUAACUAUGUUAGAUUUGAGCUCCAACAAUCUGGAUGGGGUCAUACAUGAAGGUCAUUUAUCACGUCUAAACAUGCUGGAUGCCUUGGACUUGUCACACAACUUCAUAGCCAUCACGAAUCUCAUCUUUCUUGAUCUUUCAUAUAAUAGUUUCUUCGGGAAUUUGCCAGCAUGGAUUGGUCAGAAACUGCCAUCUUUGGCGUUCCUGCGAUUGCGGUCGAAUAUGUUUUAUGGCCACAUUCCAGAGGAGCUUAUGAACAUAGUUAAUCUUCAGUAUUUGGACCUAGCCUACAACAAUAUAACCGGGAGCAUACCAAGAUCUAUUGGUAACUACAAAAGGAUGAUACAGAGGAGAGAUGGUGAUGAUGAAUUGGAAGAUGCAUUCAAUUAUGGUGCGGCAGUUGGUGACAAUGCAUUGGAUGACUAUAGUGAGAAUUUCACGAUAAUCACAAAGGGUCAAGAGAGAUUAUAUACAGGAGAAGUCAUAUAUAUGGUGAAUCUUGAUUUAUCGUGUAACAUUCUUACAGGGGAGAUUCCUGAAGAAAUCGCUACUCUUGUCGCACUGAAAAGCCUGAAUUUAUCAUGGAAUACGUUCAGUGGAACAAUUCCUGAGAAGAUUGGUGCCUUGGUGCAAGCGGAGUCACUCGAUCUAUCACACAAUGAGUUGACUGGUGAGAUCCCUCCAAGCUUAUCGGCUCUCACAUCAUUGAGUCGCUUGAACCUGUCAUACAACAAUUUAACAGGAGUGAUACCAUCCGGAAAUCAGUUGCAAACACUCGAGGACCCAUCAUAUAUUUAUAUCGGCAACGCAGGCCUUUGUGGUCCUCCUCUGCCACGUCACUGCUCACAACUGGAGCCGAUUCCAGCUACUCAAAAACUCCAUGAAGACGCAGGAGAUGUGGUUUCGUUUUUCAUUGCCAUGGGAUCGGGUUAUGUAAUCGCUAUCUGGUUAGUCUUCUGCACCUUCUUGUUCAAGAGAAAAUGGAGAGUCUCUUGGUUCUCGCGCUGUGACAGCUUGUAUGACCGGGUUUAUGUGCUAGUGGCUGUGACCUGGGCUUCCUUGAUAAGAAGAAAUGUGUAA